CGCUAGGUGCAUACACCGCACGACGCCGGGAUCCUUGGCGCGAUAUGGAUAUAUCUUUGAAAGACCAUGGCAAAGGUAUCCUUCGGCGCCUGUGCGCAUUUAUUGCCGAAAUAAGACUUGCGUAUAUCUGAUCCGAUCUUUCAAUUGCUCUGCCAUCAUUGGAAAUCCUCUCUGGCCACGCAAAAGAAAUAUCUGCACAUUGUCAAGUACGAUUCUGACAUACCUCCUUCGUCAUAUAUUUAUUUCGCUUCCGGAUAGGAUAUCGCCUUCUGCAAAGAAGAGUCUGAUCGUCAUCCAAAGUUGCUCGUUUUCAACAAAUAUGGGAUCAAAGGAACCACAAACGGACCUGGAUCAGGAGGACACUUCAAAAUCAAAGGGCGUCAAGAAGAUUUUAUUGCACGAAAAUAUCUAUACAUUGCCCAACUUCUUGACGUUCACACGGCUAGUCGCUGCCCCGGUGAUCGGAUAUUGGGUCUUGCAAGGAGAUUAUACCAAUGCCGCUAUCCUCUUUGGUGUCGCCAGUAUCACGGACGGCUUAGAUGGCUGGAUAGCCCGCCGAUUCAAAAUGCAAAGCAUCGUCGGGACGAUCCUGGACCCCAUGGCUGACAAGACGCUGAUGACGAUCUUGACUGUGACUUUGGCAAUGCAGCACCUCAUACCUAUUCCGAUUGCAGGAAUUAUUCUUGGGCGGGAUGCGGGUCUCAUUUUGGCUUCAUUCUAUUAUCGAUAUAUUUCGCUACCGGAACCUAAGACCUUUACGCGGUACUGGGAUUUCUCGAUUCCCUCGGCGGAAGUCCAUCCAACGAUGAUUAGUAAAGUCAACACGGCAAUCCAGAUGGCCUAUAUCUGUCUGUCGCUCUUAGCGCCUGUUUUUGAGUUCACAGGACACGUGGGACUCGAUUACCUUGGAUACACAUGUGCGGCGACGACGAUCUGGAGUGGUGCUUCUUAUGUGUACACGAAGGAUGCUGUCAAGAUACUUCAUCCUCCAAAAAAGUAACACGCUAUAAUCCCCAUCCUAGAACAAGAACAAAAUAAAAAAUAAAUAAAAAAAAAGCAUCCCACAAG